CUCCAGCAGCUAUGAAACCAUCUUCAUCUGUACUUUUGUGACAAGCCUAUUGGUUGACGAGGCUGGCUUAUCAAGUCUCCGCCGUGGCUUAUACCUACCAUGCCGGAUGCAUGUACACAGCCCCGAUGGAUCAGAGCUCUUCAGGCCAGUAACAUAUCGACACCUCAAAGUCAUCCCAGCUGGCGCUGUCGAGGCGUUUUGGCGAGGCUCAACAAAUUCUUGCCUAAAUCAUGCUCCGCGAGCUUGCAGCGCUGUUAUGGCUCACCGUCUCAACCACGUGGAUGCUGCCUCCUCCUCAGGUCUCGAUUGAAAAAACAAAGAAGACAUUUGGAACCACAAAAGUCAUGCCACUGGCGGCGCGAAGCUCUCUUCAAGCUAGACGUACUAUUCGCGAAGCAUUUGAAGGCCUCGAAAAGGUCAUAUCCCCGAGCGAAGCGAAGGACUUCAACAACACCACACUACAGAACGUUCAAGAUGCCGCACUUGAAAUUGAAAGUAUCCUUGCUGCAAGACAGUCUCUGAGGAAUAUGCGGCGUCUGUCGCCUCUGUUUGAGGGACUGAAAUGCUACGCUGAAACCGUAGAAGUCCUAUGCAAUGGAACUCCCUACCUACCAUGGAUUUGGGCUCCCAUUAAGCUUAUUCUCAAGGUUUCCUCAGAUUAUACAGAUGCGUUCGAGAGAAUCAUCAAAGCCUACUCAGAAAUUGCCGAAUCACUGCCUAGGUUUCACAUAAUAUCAGAUGCACUUAGAAACAGCAAAGAGAUGCAGCAAGUUCUGGCAGUCUUCUACGCCGACAUUUUGACAUUCCACAAGGAAGCGUACAUCUUUGUUCGACGAAGCGGUUGGCGAAUAUUGUUCCUCACAUCAUGGGGCCGAUUCCAACGCCGAUUUGAUUCCACACUCGAAGACUUGCAGAAACAUAAGAAACUCAUCGACGAUACCGCGAGCGCGAUAAACCUGAGCGAAACUGUCAAGAUGAGUGAGAAUCUGCAAGCAUGGCGUCAGGAAAACCUUGACAAGCUAAAGUUCCUAGAGGACGAGCAAACUGCCAAGCAGUAUCAAUCAAUAAUCGGAUGUUUGAAGAUCGAUGAGACCGAACAACUCGCUAUUUUCGAUGCUAUUUCCUCCGAAGGGAACAAGUACGAUGGAACUUGUGACUGGGUCUCCAGACACAUCCAUAUACGUGAAUGGCUCAAAGAGACGCCCACAACAGAUUUCGUCUGGUUGCAUGGGAUCCCUGGAACCGGAAAAAGUGUUAUAGCAACACAACUCGUCAAAUUUCUCCAAAGCAGUGGGAAGGCCAUGGUUAUUCAGCAUUUUUGCACCUACACCCACUUGUCGUCCGUCCAAUAUGAGACCAUACUCCGGUCAUUGCUGGUUCAGCUUAUGCGAACCAAUUCCGAUCUUAUCGCUCACGCGUAUGCCGAGUUUGUGAUCGGGAAAAAGCUACCUACUAGCCAAUCCUUGGAGCAGUUAUUAUUGGCAUUCGGUGGUGCCGUCUCCCCCAUGCCCUCAGAAUCCAGAUCAAUCUACCUAGUCAUUGAUGGCUUGGACGAGUGCGAACCGGAUCAACAGGGACGAAUUGCAAAUUUGCUCGAGAAGCUUCGCGGUCUUCGAUCUUCAGCCUCAUCUGUGUUCAAGAUCCUACUGUGUAGCAGACGCACACAGCAGCUGGAGAAACGACUACGAAAACGGACGGUUCAAGUUGUGUCCAUGACGAACGAGAAGGGAAGUAUUGAGCCUGCAAUACGGACAUAUGCUAACCAAAGGCUCAGAGCGAUCCGUUAUCGUCUCUUUCAGAUGGGUCUGACAGAUUCGGAUUUACGAGAUAUCAGUAUCAAUAUUGCGCGAAAGGCAGAUGGUAUGUUCUUGUGGGCACGUCUGGUCCUUGACUACCUGUCAACAAAUAUAUUGAGCUCUCGGGAUGAGGUGCGAGGAGCAGUGGAUAUGUUACCGGCCAAGCUGGGCGAAUUCUACGCUCGCAUUCUUGCUCAGCUUACUUCACGCUUCGACCAAAGGUCGGUUGAAAGGUUAAGAUCCACCCUCGGAUGGAUAGCAUUCGCCAAACGACCAUUGACCAGGGCUGAGAUGAGAUCUGCCUUGGCUUUUAGCUGGGGGGAUCACAUGGUGGAAGAAGCCGUACCCCGGCACAUAUUCGAAUUUGGGGCACCAUUGCUAGAGGAGCACCCUGAUACCACCUUUUCAUUUGUGCACAUUUCACUUAAGGAGUACCUUCAGACCCCCGGGUGCAUCCUUUUCCUGGAUCGAUCGGCCGCAACCCGUGAGCACGCAACUGCCACCAUUACGUGCCUUGUGUCUGGCUUCUGGAUAUUUGCAGAACAGUUGGCAGACGAUAACCGUAUUCUUCGCAUAGUGAAGGGAAUCCACGGCCUUCAUAUCUAUUCCAACCAGUUCUGGCUGGAGUGUUUCCUGGAUACUGUAUCUACAAGCCGCGGGCUUGUUCACGGCUCGCCUUUACACCAGGUCGCACAGGCGCUCGCAAACUCCUUACGCCUUCAGCCUAGUACGCGAACAAGCUCAACCUCUGGGAAUGCUGAAAGCACGGCUAGUGAGGAUAACCGUCUUCAGUACCUCAAGGAGCACGACGCCAUAUAUGAGAUGGCCCGAAGAGAACUGGGGGAACGAGUCGCCCGUGCUAAAUCGCAGAUGACCGACAAUGGAGGUACACCCACAGCCCCAGUGCGCUGCCCACCAAAUGAUCUUCAAAGCUUGCUUCUCGCUAUACAAUCCAGUAUCAAGGAUAUCUUGGCGCUCACCAGCAUCUCGGGGAUAUCCCCAGAAGAUCUCGACCGUUUCAAAAAGGAGUUUCGCACAUCGGCUUUCACAUGUCGCUUUCCAAAUUGCCCAAGAACCACCCUGGGAUUCCCCGACGAGAAGGCGAAGUCUGAACACGAAACCAGGCACACACAGCGUAUUGACUGUACCGUUGUGGGUUGUCAAUACCCGCCAUUUGUUUCGGCUCGAGCUCUAAGAGACCAUGUGUCAAAAUGCCAUCAACCUCAAAAUACGAUUCGCAAGAGGAUCAGGCGCGCAUCCGGAGGAAGCCUUUCUCUCGGAGUAGAGAUGCAAAAGCGUACUGCUUUGUCUCUCCCCGACCCAUUACAGGGCGUCAACUUCAGUGCGCUGGACUCCGAUGUUGAGUUUGCCGAACAGGUCACGGAUGAUUGGUUUCCUUUGGGCAACUUUCCAACUUCUAGUUACUUCCACUGAACUACUUUCGGCGAAUUUCAAGCCUGGGUGCUUGCCGAUAGCAACGAGAUAGGAACAAUGAGGUGAAACUUUGCUUGCCUUAUCUUUGGUUCUCCUUGACACCGCGCGAGCCGGUGUUUCUGGCAUCGGCAGGGGAAUUAUUUCGUUAUGGACACAUGCAUUGAAGCUCAAUUUCUACUAGGCUUUGAGAACUAUUGAGAGUCCGGUGACAGGUGGAAUUCAUUACUAGCAUCUCGUUCAGAUUAUCGACCCUCCAGC